CGUGUCUUACUUUUCUCUUUUCUGUUCUUUUCUUUGGAGGUGACUUUCUCAAUAGGGGAACACAACCAAUAGCAACGCCCCUAGUCUCUCCAGCUGCAAUUCGAGUUGGACUAAAACGGUCAAAAUUAAAUUAAAACCGGGCUUGAAAUUCUAAGAGUUGAACUGCAAUUGACGCCACAGAGAAUAAAAUUUCUAUGAAGUUCUUUAAGUGUCUAAACGAAUUAGUUAAGAACACAAAAAGUUGUGAUCAAGGAUUGUGAGUAACGAAAUGCCAGAUACUAUGAAAUAAAGAUGCCCACAAUUAAUAGUAAGUAAAUUGCAUCCAACUUUUUCUCAGAACUGGUAAAAGCCACUUAUCUCCGUUGAUCACCCCUGAUUUCUCAUUUGAAGUUGAACCGAAAUUCUAAAAACCAAGGUGAAUUUGUAGUAAAAAUUUAGAAAACUGAACUGCAAUAAUGAACACUAACUGAAAUGCUGAAACUGAAUUGCAAUUGGACUUGAACGGAGCCGCUGGUUCGGCAUGUUGCCGCGAGGGGCGCCACUCACGCGUAGCGGUCGGUGAGGCAGUGCGCGGCCGUCAGCACGUAGCGUUCGCUGACGAGGCUGCCGCCGCAGCGCCAGCUGAUGGUGGUCUGCCCCUGGCGCAGGUAGCCCAGCGCCGCCUGCAACAGGAGCGCGCGCGCCUUGCGGCGUCUCCACAGGCCGUCCACUCUGACCUCGAAAAUCCCUGUUAGCUGCUACUGCAUAAAGGGGCUGCCUGCCACCUGACGGCGCAGGAAGCCGCUCGCACGGCCGCAGUAGUGUCGCGUUUGCAGCUGCAACAGCACCUCACUCCCGAACAAGAUGAGCAGCUGCAGAUGUUUCAGAGGCAGCUGAGCCUUUCGGCAGUGGAGUUCUCGGUGUGUGGCCUGUUCAGAAUCGACCUCCCCUUCGUGUACGCAGUCGUGGGUUUAUUUGCUACCUACCUAAUAAUGCUGAUACAAAAUACCAGGCCAGGCUUGUUGGGUGACUCGGUUGAAGGAAGUAAGAGUACAGAUGUGACAGUGAUUACUCCUAUCGGCGCCGAAUGACUAGUAGUGAAUUUGCUGCUUGAAACUGGAUGUAGGAUUUAUACAGAAAGGUAUUCUAGGCUUCGAAUUGCUGUCUAUUUACUCGUAUCACAAACAAGAUUUUUCAUCUAUAUCUCUUCAUCGAAAUUAAACAGUGUAUUUAUUAUCUAUUGUUAAUUAUAAGAGUGUGAUUUAGAAACGUAUUCUGCAUCU